AUGCAUAAAUUAUGUAAGUCUCGGAAACUUACUUAGGUCAAAAAGUGUCUACUUCUGUUCUUUAUAAUUUACCUCCGUCCAAAAAUAGUUGGUGCCAUAGUUGAGAUUGCUUCGUUGUCUUAAAGAACAACGCAUAUUUUCAUAUUUAUAUGCAUUUACAUGUACACGACUGAGAAGUCUACAUUUGUCAAAAAAAAACGUAUACGAGUACUCCUUGCUUUAUUUUGGGCCGUUUAAAUCCAUUUCCAGUCUAAUGUUUAUCUAUGUUAAUUUAAGACGCCACAAUUAAGUAUUCUUUCUAGUACCGAUCAAGAAAAUAUAGACUUAAUGUUGGUCUUGGAAAAAUGCAUAUGCGUACCUACUAUAAUGGUGAUGGUGCCUUAAGAAACUUAGACUGGCUUCCUUCCAAAGAGAUUUUAAUAUGUGACGAAAAAACUGUUUAUAAUAAACAACAUGAUCAGAAUGAUGUUGAUGUAGCAAGUGUAAGAUUAGAGAAAAUAAUUUAUAUAAAACCAACAAGCAUAAUUAAGAGAGUAAAAGAUGAGAAAUUGGAAAUUGAUGAGAAUAUAUCAACUGCAGAAGAAAAUCACUCAGAUUUGAUUCCAUCACUAUAUGAAGGAGGACUGAAAGUGUGGGAAUGUACCUACGACAUUGCCAACUAUCUGGAGCGCUCUCAGGUCUCGUGUGCAUCAGUGUUGGAUCUGGGCUGUGGCGUUGGUCUCUUGGGUAUACUGGCAUUGAAACUCGGUGCUGAUCAAGUUUACUUUCAAGAUUAUAAUGCUGAUGUCUUGAAGUAUGCGACUAUACCGAACUUGCAGCUCAACGCUGAACCAAACCAGCUGACGAGAUGUAGGUUUUUCUCUGGCGACUGGGAAUCGUUUGCCAAACUGGCCGAUUUCACCUGUGACCUAAUUGUCUCGUCAGAGACGAUCUACAACCCAGACAAUUACCUCAAGUUGCAUGACACAAUCCAGAGGUUACUCAAGCCAUCAGGAACUGCUCUGGUGGGAGCCAAAUCGUAUUACUUCGGCGUUGGUGGCAGUACCAGGCAGUUCGAGAAGUUGGUCAAGGAGAGAGACGUCUUUGACGUGGAAGUUGUCUGGAGAUGUUCACAAGGAGUCCAGCGGGAAAUACUAAAGCUGACAGUAAAGGACAAAUCAACAUGACAUUUCUCCCAUUCUACACUAGACUUGUGAACCAGGGAUUUUUUAUUAAAUAAAUGUUGCAGAUACAAUA